UCCUACUAUGGCUUCUCUUCCUCCCCUGCCUGAGGAUGGAGAAGUCGAAGAACAAGCUAUCGUUGCCGAAGACAAUCAAGGUUCUUCUCUUUAUGAAAGUGAAGUCGCAGGUUCUCACAAAUCUGCGGCUUCCCAUGAAAAGGAAGUUGGAUCUGAAGCCAGCGAGUCGACGCAAUCCCUUCCUCCUGCUGUUUCCCCAAAGAACAAAAGGAAAAGGGAUGACGCCGAAGCUUCCGGCACCUCCAAACCCGAAGAAACUGUUCCUUCUCAUCCGGAGUCGGCUUAUGAUCGAUACCUCGGAACUCUUAUCAGUUCGUAAGUACCAUCUCCCUGUUUUUUUGUACUUUGAAGAUUUUUUGUCUAUCUUGCCUUUAUAUUGUCGACUUGUACUCGUAGUGAUGAUGAAGAAGUGUUACCAACUGUUGAUGUGGCUACUCGAACGAGUACGUCACAUACAUUAGUCGCCUCGGAAACGCCAGUCGAAGGGGAAGAAACGUCGCCUCCUCGACAAAAUGUCGGCACCGCGACUCCUCCGACAAGCCCCCGAGCCUCUUCACCGAAAAGGGCAAGGACGGAGAUUAUCGCGGAACCUACUCUCCAAUUGAGUAGCUCCUCGAACCUUCUCAUGGAGGAUCCUAUGAUCAAGGAUCUUCUUCGCAUCGGUGCCCAAUUUGUUGGGUACCGUGAAUAUGCUAAUAAAACUGAAGAAAAACUGACGGAAGCCAAUGAGCGUGCCAACACACUUGCUCAACAGUUAGAGCAUAGUGAAAAGGCUCGCAAAAAGGCCGAAUUGGAUGCUACUGAAGCUAGGGCAGAAGCUGACAAGGCCAAGGCUGACGCUGCUGGUGUCGAAGAUCUUAGAAAAAGGCUUCACACCGCUGAAACUUCACUGAGCGAUCACAUGGCUGCCCAAUCUGCUCGCGAAGAGGCGAUCCUUAAGCGCUUAAGGACACAAAGUCGCCGCUUCGUCGCUAGAACAGCUCAAGAGUUUCAACUUGAAGAACCCGCCAAUGAUCCUCUUCUUGACGCCCUUUCAUUCCUCGAGGUUCAUGGAUCAGAGGCACGCGAAGGCAUUGAUCAGGCCAAAGCAGGGUUGUCGCGGCUUUUUCCUUAUUUUUUCCCAAAGAAAGAGGAACCCGCAACUUUCCUUGACCUCGCCAAGAGCUUCAAUUCAUCAGAAGACCUUGGACUGAAAAUGCGCCAAGAAAACAUGAAGGUUGCUGUCGAAAGCACUGUUGCCCUGGUUGCUGACAGCCAACAAACUAUUGAUUGGAUGAAGGUUGGCGACACCAAUCAAAUAGAGCAGUCGAGGUGGAGGUCGCUGAUUAAGGCAGCCAAACCCAACACGAAGAAAAUCUUGGCAUAUCUCGGGAUCAAGCCACCCUCGACUCCCAGCUCAUCAAGGCCGGAGGUCUAGUUUCAUAUUCUUUUGCUUUGUUUUAGUUUACCUCCUCCUUUUGGUACUAUCGCUGUAAUGCUCCUGGCGAUGAUUAGGUCUUGUAGAGGUCCUCUUUUGUAAUAGACAUGUAUAUACUACAAGAAUGAAUGGAAGUCGAACUUUGUCUCAAUGAUUGAUGUCGACGUUUUUCUAUUUUUCAGUUGAUUUUUGACAAUUAUUCAUCAAUUCCUGGUCCUCCCGAAGUUUUUCCUUCGUCCCUUUCGAAGAAGUCUUCUGUCCCUGUUAACCUUGAUGAUUCUUCGAGUAUGGAUCUGAUAGAAGAAUUGAAAGAACUUCGAGUACAACUCCAGUCUGUGAAGAAGCAGUCGCUUAUACUUAUGGAGCAGUCUCGAGAAUCUUCUGAAAAGGAGAAAAUUGCGCUCCAACAAGCUCAGGAUGCCAUAUCUGAGAAGGACGCUGCUGUUGCUGAGGCUGCCGCAGCUACAUCUCGAGAAAAUUCUAUGCUCCAGCUGCUAACAGAUGCUAGCUUGGAUA